AUGCCCCUCAAUACUGGCAUAAAUGCUGAUGAAUUGCCUACCUUGUUUGCAAAAUAUAAUGAGUUAAGUACAGAAGAUAAAUUAGAGCUCUUGACAAGUUUCAAAGGUCAUGUCAAGAAAGAGCUCGUGGAUGCUAGUGCGAUUGAAUUAUACUUUCGGGUAUUGUUGGACACAGAUACAGAGAUACCAGAGUCUGAUGCUGUAGAUGAGAAUUCAAGCAAGCUGUCACAAUUGAAGCACUCUUCACUCUGCUACCUGAUCAAGCGUGUGACUAUGCAGGCGCCAUCCAUAUUUCACGAUUCAAAUAUGGUCAAUCGCAUAAUACUUUACUUACUAUUGCAUGCACCUAGUGAUACAGCACCACAAUCAUUAGAGAGAAAGAAAUUCUGGGUUCCGUCUAUAAAAGCUAUAGAAUCCGUUUACCAAAUAUCAUCAAGCCAAGUUAUCAAAUGUUUAUCUGGUGCACUAGAAGAAAUACCGUCAGAUGGUUCUAUAAGUAAUGAGAAAAAGUGGCAAAAUUAUCGGAAUAUCGUCUCAGCCACAAUUGAAAUUACAAAAGAUAGCGGAAGUAGUGCAUUAAAGGAUUUCCUUCCUGUGAUUGCAAGAACUCUUCAUCAAGAUGAUGCAAACGAAUCAUUGAGCAAGGAAAUCCAAAUAACCACAGAAUUAGUAGCUGAUCUAUGGAUUACUGAAGUGAAGAAGCCGUCUAUACCCAUACAAACCGUUGAUUUCAAAGACUUCAGAGUACGACAGUACUUUCAGACGCUUAUAGAUAAAAAAAAAAGUGAUGCCAACACACCAGACUCGAUUAAAAGCCUAGACUCUAAAGAUACAUCAUUCAAUGCAAUAUUUGAUGUGGAAUCAGAAUUAUCAGCCCUUAUAAAUGAAUCGAUACCCCCAAACUUCAAUGAUAGUUAUGCCAAUGCAAAUAGAGCUCAUAGCUCAGUCAUAAUAUAUGAAACUCAGUCUCAUUUCCGUGCUGAUUUUGAAAAACUGCUAAUACCAUUUAGAGACUCAAAAGAAACUGAACAGAAUUGGAAAUCAAGACAAACAAAUGUAUAUCAGUUUAGAGCUUUAAUUGCUGCGAACAAUAAUGAAGAAUCUAUAUUAAAAAGGGAUCCCGACGGCGUAAUUGAGACUUUAAAAGAUAUUCAAUUUAUAGAAAUGAUAUCUAAGGCGGUCCACUCUCUAAGGACUACAUUAUCUUUUGCAAGCUGUUUACUGCUAAGAGAUGUUUUGAAUGCAUUUAGCUCUUCGCUUUCAAAUUAUAUGAUCGAAUCCAUAUUUAAUGUGUUCAAAACUCUACUUUCAUCAACAAAGAAGAUAUCAUCACAAAUUGCAUUUCAUUGUAUUGUGAUAUUACUUUCGAAUCUAACUUCAUUUAAUAACAAGCAGUUCCAGAACAGCUUUGUGUUGAUUAAUAGCAAACACAUUUUUUCAAGGCAAUCAUCGUGCCUAUUUCUUAGAGUUUUUAUUAUUAAAUUUGCUAAUGAUAGUAAAUUUGAUUCCAAUACUGUUUAUAUAGAGGAGUGGUUGAAAAAGGGACUAACUGAUCCACAAACAUCUGUGCGUGAGACUAUGAGAUUGACAUUUUGGUAUUAUUAUAAAUGCUAUGAGAAAUCAGCCAAGAGAGUGAUGAGUAAUGGUAUUACCCCUCAGCUUAAAAAGGCCAUUGAGUUGGCAAUUCCGCCACAUUUAAAUGUUAACUAUCAUCAACAUACCUCAUUGUCAAGUUCAUCCUCGACAAAUUCAUCCAGAAGAUCAAGCCUGGUCGGUCAGAGACGUUUUCCUAGUUAUGCUCAGCCGACACAAUCCUCUACACAUUUGCGCAAUCAAAGCACAUCAACAGCUUCAAAUAUGAGAUCGGCUAGUGCAAUUAGUACGCGUGAUAGUGUGUUGAACAAGAACUCGGUAUCUGGUUAUCAAAAUACAACAAAUAUAAGAAAAAUUAGUACUCCUCUGCCAACAUCUAAUGCAAAAUUUGUUGCAGAUUCCUCCACACAUACUAUUAAUUUAGACGGAUCUUUCAGUCAGAAAGUACAUAACGGUAUUGAUAUUGAUUUAAGUGAGGAAAUUCGGUCCUUAGAAUCGCAUACAAAUAAAAAAAAGCAUAUGGGAAACGCAUUGCAGGAUCAUGAUAACAAUCAGAAAUCAGCACAUGAUUGUGAUGGUUCCAGUACAGAUAAUCAGAUUCUUUUGAGAUUGCGUAGAUUGGCAGAUAAGUACAACAAUAAUUCAAAUCUAACUGCAGAGGAGAUGAAUAGCUUUUUAAUUGAGUUUUUAGAGUAUGCUUCAAAAAAUAGUCCAAAAUCUGAUGCUAUAGACAAAUUUAUUAAGCCAUUGAGAGGAAUUAUGAUUGCACUCCCGAGCCAAACUAAAAAGUUGAUGAGAUCUGAUUGGUUUAUGAGAAAUUUUAAACUGACAUAUUUAAUUGAAUUGUGUGCAAUUAAUGAAACGAGUAUCAGUAGUUUGAUGGAAGCGAAGAGUGAUAUAUUAUCGUUACUAAAGUGUUGUACCGAAAUACUAAAUAACCUGGAAAUUUCGAAUGCUGAUGAGGGAAAGAAUGAUGAAAAUUCAAUUGGUGGUUUAACUACGCUAUCCUUAUACUAUCUGAAAUUCAGAAGAAUAUUUUACAACUACUGUUUUUCAGUGGUCAAAGAGAUCAUUGCAGGGAAGAAACUGCAAAUUGGAUCAUCCACACCUAUUAUUCAGAACUUAAUUGAAGUGUUCUGUAAGAUAAACGGAAAAGAUUAUGAUUCUAGUCUUUAUUAUGACGUCUUAUAUUCGAUUUACAAAUUUGACCGCGGUAUUUUUAUUGCGCAUCUGAAAGAAAUGCCAUUGUUCCCUACUGUUUUCAAAGUAUGUAAUGAGUUGAAGGAAAGACACAGCGACUUUGUAUUUAAUGAGAUACUGGAGGAAGCAGAGUCACAAGUAAAUGGUAUUACGAAGGAAAUAUCUGUUGGAGCUCAGUCAAAUAAGGAAGAUGAAUAUAAGCAAUAUAUGGAAAUGACAAUGGUGAAUCCAUUUGCAAAGAAACAAGAUGAAAGAAUCCCAAGUACCGGUAGUGUUGUUCACAAUCCAGAUAUGGUUACAGCAUUUGGUGAUAAUUCUACAGUGGAGAAUUCUAAUGAUAAGAAAAGACCGUAUUCUGAUGAUACAGAAAAUAUUUCACUAGGUAAUGAUACAAUGAGAUUGACUGAGAUGACUAAGAUUGUAUUUCCUUCUCUUCAAGCUACAAAAAAAAUGAAAACUCCCAGUUCUGAGGAGAAGAUUAAUAAGAGCAUAGAAAUUUCUGAUCUCUUUCAAGAUAAAGAGGCCACUGAGAAACCAGAGAAACUACUGUCGGAUAAUGCUAAUUCAUCAAUUGCUUCCAAUAAUACUAUAGCAACUGUAAAUGAUAGUCCUUCUGUUGAGGUUAAAGUAGAAGAGUUGAAAAAAAGUCCGACAAAUACUAUAAAUAUAAACUAUGAGAAGGAUGGUGAUUCUCGUGAUAUUCCCAUUGUUUCGCUGGGAAGUGAAUCGUUGAACAGCCAGUUGACCGAGAUUAAGGAUGAUCUUACUGAUAGUGUAAGUGAAAUCGACUUGAAACCUGAUAUGCUACAAAUGUCGGUAACAUGUAGUCCAGCGAUACUGUUAGAGUAUUAUGCUUUAUUAUUUAAGUCGGAAGGGGCAGGUAAGGACUGUGAUGCGGAUCUGUCCAGGUUGAAGAAAUCGUUACAACGUAUUAAGACUAAGGGCUUCACUAUCAAACAUAUCGACCAGAUUAUUAAACCACUCCUUUUUUUGGAAAGUAAUGAGCCUUUGAAAGUGUGGUUAGAGGACGGUGGAGGUUAUCAGGACUUGUUAGAUUUGGUUGCAAUGAUCCUACAAUCACUGGGUGAGUCAGAUCAAUUGCCUUUGAAACUGAUAGGAAAGUCAAUGGCUCUUUUAUUUUCACUAAUAGCCUUCAUACCACUUUUGAAAGACAGUGCAUCAUUAAGAUCGAUGUCUCUACAGACUAUUUGGGAAAAUAUUGUUACAAUAGUUGGAAAUUUAAACGUUCAAGAAUCAGAAAUAUAUGGCUACUUUGCGGAAGUAAGAAAUCAAUUGGUGAAGCAGGGCUUCUUUGAUAGUAAAUCCAUCACCCGCAUGCUCAACAUAUUGAUGGUGGAGAUUGAUGAUGAAAAGGUCACAAAGAAGAUAUUUUUGAUAGAAACUAUGAAAGAGAUCAUCAGAUCCAAACCACCGUGGACCGAUAAGACUUACAGACUAAUGGAAAUUGUUCAAACGUUGGCUUACUUAAUUGAAAGCAAGACAAGUACAGUCCGUAAAGCUUGUUUCGAGUGCCUGAUCCUUAUUUUUCAAUUGUCAAAUGGCAAGUCUAAAUCUUUCAAGCAGGAGGUGGUUGAGUUGUUCCAAUGCAUACCAGAUAAUGUAAAUAAGUUGAUUGAGCAUUACUGCAGUUUCAUCUGA